GUGAAACCUGGGGGGCGGCUUCGUGCUCAAAACACCUUUUUUUUUUUUUCUUCUUUUUUUUUCUUUUUUUUACUUUUUUUGGUUAAUCUGGGGCUAAGGUCGAUUCCUCGGAGGGUGAGACUUGCGCAGAGCUGGGGCGGAUCGGGAUCCCCUUUCCAAACGAUUUUCCUCCCUGAUUAUCCGGGUUUAAUCAGGCGAAUUCUCCCCGGCCGCGGGCUCCAGAGGGAGCGGGGGGGCUCGGGUUCCAGGGGAAAAAAAAAAAACUCAAUCAAAACGCCUUAAAAUCUAAAUUUAAAUUUUUUUAAAUCCAAGGACAGGCGUGGGAGCUUCCAGCCCUUUUUGCGCGGAGCUGGGACCAUCAGAGCCCGCGGAAAUCAGCGGAAAUUUGGGGAUUUUCCCCCAUUUCCACGAGGCGGGAGCGGGGGGGAGCAGCCCCUGCUCCUCGCCGGGCUGCGCACCCCAGGAAUCCGGCUCGGACGCAGAUUUUGGGCCCAGCCGGGAGGAUUUUGCCCGCUCUCCAUCCUCAUCCUCGCGCGGGCGGGGCGCGGACGAGCAGCGGCGGCUCCGGGCGCUCCAUGGACGCGCUCGGCGACUCGGCGCGCUGCCCCAUCUGCCGGGAGUACUUCCGCGACCCCGUGUCCAUCCACUGCGGCCACCACUUCUGCCGGCCGUGCAUCGAGCGCCGCUGGGAGUGGCCCACGGCCCGCUUCGCCUGCCCGCGCUGCCGGGACGCGGCGCCGGCGCGGAGCCUCCGCCCCAGCCCGGAGCUGGCGCGGCUGCUGGAGCUCGCCCGGCGGCUGAGCCGCGGGGAAACGCUGGGAGACGCCGAGGAGGAGGAUGAGGAAGGGUGCCAGAAGCACCGGGAGCCGCUGGAGGCUUUCUGCGAGGAGGACGGGGCGCUGCUGUGCGCGAUCUGCCGCGAGUCGCGGGCGCACCGGGCGCACGCGGUGCUGCCGCUGCCCGAGGCCGUGCGGGAGCGCAAGGAGCAAAUCCAGGCCGGGCUGCGAGCCCUGAAGGACGGCAGGGACGAACUCCUGGAGCUCCGCGAGGCCGAGAUGAGGCGGGGCUGCGAGUGCUUGGAGAGGACCGAGGUGGAGCGGCAGCGGAUCCUGGCGCAGUUCCAGGAGCUGCGCCUCUCCCUGGACGAGCUCUGCCGGCACCUCCUGGCCCGCCUGGGGCGCCUGGAGAGCGGCGUCGGGCAGGCGCAGGAGGAGAGCCGGGCCGCGCUGAGCCGGGACAUCUCCCGGCUGGAGAGCCGCGCCCGGGAGCUGCAGGAGAGGUGCCAGCAGCCGGCCAGGACCUUCCUGCAGGGCAUCGGCAGCGCCUUGCGCAGCCUCGCGGAGGAAAACGUCCAGGUGCCCCCGUCGCCUCUGCUGGAGAUGGAGGAGAAAAUUCGUCACUUCAGGGAGGAAAAUAUUCUCCUGGGGGAGACGCUGAGGGGCGUCCGAGACAUCCUGGCCUUUGAGCUGCCGGAGAAAAUGGCCGUGACGCUGGACCCCAGCACGGCCCACCCCCGGCUGCUGGUGGCCCCCGACGGCAGCAGCGUCAGCUGGGAAAGAGCCCAGAACCUUCCGGAGCCCGAGGCGGAGCCCGGCACCGACCCCUCGGUGCUGGGCCUCGAGGCCGUCGCGGCCGGGCGGCGCUGCUGGGACGUGCGCGUGUCCCCCGAGGGCUCCUGGGCGCUGGGGGUGGCCACGGAGCCCCCCGGGAGCGGGCCGGAGCCCCCCGAGCGGGAGCUGUGGUCGGUGGGGCUGUGCCAGGGCCGCUUCUGGGCUCUGUCCCCCCGGGGGCGCGCCCCGUUUUCGGCCGGCCGCGCUCCCGGCGGGGUCCGGGUGGCGCUGGACUACGAGAGCGGCCGCGUGGCCUUCUUCGACGCCGACCGCAGGAGCCUCAUCUUCGCCUUCGCCGCCGCCUCCUUCGGCGGGCACAGGGUGCGGCCCUGGUUCCUGGUGUGGGGAGAGGGCUCCCGCAUCACGCUGUGCCCCUGAGCUCCCCCAAAACCCCCAGACCCCGAUUUUGCGUCGCCGUUCGCGGCGACAUUCGCGCCUCUCCCCGCUCCCAGCACCCCUCGGGCUCCCUGUCCCCCCCAAAUCUGGCGGAUCCCACCCCGUCCUGCACCACCCCAACCCCGCUUCUCUCCCCUCCCCCGGCUCUGGAUGAAGUAAAAACCCCAAA